GACAUCCCCAUGCUAUCACCCAUGUACCAAACUUAUGGCUGUGAGGUGUUUCACUCAGUGAUUGUGCACUUUGCUCCAAAGUCAACGCAUUAUUCUUACAAGGGAAUGAUAGGAAGACUCCUUCUUGCUGCACUUCAUUACAACGAGAACUCAGACAAAGGUCAAGCUGUAACAAAAGAAGGCAUUGCACGGUGGUCAGUAGCUCAUCCAAAGAUGAAGAAAGGGACAGUGGCCAUAGCAAAACCCAUCAAGAACAAGCCCACAUAUGUGUAUGCUGCCAGGUUGAUGGAGGAAGUUGUUCAAAGGCGUCUUGAAUUUCCAAGCUACCCUGUCGCCAGGAAUGAAGCAGAAAAUCUGUUACCAGAAGCUCCACCAGCUCUCAACAGUGGCUAUGAGGCUUACGAAAAGUCUGUUUUGGUGAAGAGCCGGAAAUCACGAUUCCAGGAUCAAAGAAUUCGGAAGUAAUUACUUGGAACUUAGAAAACAAGAUUCUGAUACAUAAAUACUGUAACAGAGAACAAGUGAUAUAUUCAUGUCAGUAAGAUAUAAGUUAUUAUGCACUUUUUUGAUCCUUUAUAAUUCUGUACAAAAUAUUACAAAGUCUUCAAAGUCUUUAUGGCCUUGCAUACUUGAACCCGGUGUACUCCUCAGAUGGAAAUGUGUCCUAUUUUAUAAACAACACAGGAGGGAACAACCAUUCUCUUUUUUCUUCCUAAAAUGUGGUGGAUCCAUCUUGUGAAGGACCGAUAGGCUAUGUAACCAUAUAACCUGAAACAAAUGUUUGAAAGAAUAUUUUAGUGAGGAAUGUAUAAAGA